AAUUCGAUGGUCAACUUGACGCGGGUGACUGCGUGUCGUUUCAACAAGCGGUAUAUAUCGCCUCAGGGGAAGGCCGCUCGCGUCUCGUGUGCUGACUCUUCUUCAUGUGAGCAUCAUGCCGCCUUCUCGCAAUAACAGCCUUCAAGAUUCCUCAAGCACGUCGAGCGAUUCUCCAAUAGCGUCUGACUACAGACCAGUCAAUAAGCCGUCACAGCCUCGCAAACCGAUUCCGCGGAAGGGACACACCAAAUCACGCCGUGGAUGCUACAACUGCAAGAGACGCAGAAUCAAGUGCAAUGAGAAACAUCCAGAAUGCAGUCACUGCAUCAAGGCAGGGCUACAAUGCGACUAUCCAGCGAACAUCAUACAGCUUACUCAGAGAUCGACAAGUCCCACACAUCCACAGGAGGCAGUGAACUUACGUUCGACGCCUGGCACCUUCACUAUGGCCGAUAUGCGCUUAUUCCACCACUUCCUCAUUACUGCAUAUCCGCACUUACCUGUUGGCGCCGACAAGAUCUGGAUCAACGUGAUACCGAGUUUUGCACACAAUUAUGAGUACCUCAUUCAUUCGAUCCUGGCACUAGCCGCCUCGCAUCUUGACGCUGUAUCAAACACAGGUGCGGCUGAGCAGGCCAUACAACAUCGCAUCUUAGCAGUAAAGUCGCUCAACGAAGCGCUGUCAAUACCGCCAAAGUCUAGGAGCGAGCAAGACGCUAGAAUGGCUGCUGCCUUAGCACUCGCAUUUCAAUCGAGCCAUCUUCAAGACGGUCUCACCGAGUUCCUGACUAUGGUGCGGGGCUGCAAUCUAAUUGCGAGUGGUGACACGACCUUUGGAUCAGAGUCGGUGUUCAAUGCAUUCAGCGAGGACAGCCAUCUCCGACACGUGAAGAACCGCAUUGGCGGUGGCAAACAGUACAGUUGCGUCAACCACGAAGAUCUCGAUCUCGCCGCCCUCUCGCUUCGCUCAAUCAAACACCUCAACAUGUCUUCAUUCGAGAAAUCCUACUGGGAAGCCCUUGAUACGACUGUGCAGCAAGCGUACGACCGACCCAUCGAAGCAUACACUUCUUUCGUCACGCUGUAUAACAUCCCGUCACGCUGGACUCACGAUGAGUUUCAAGCAUUCACCGACCCGAACAACGGUGUCGCGCAGAUACUGCAAGCGCACUUCAUCGCCGUGCAGGCGAUCCUCACUCCCAUACUGUACCUCGAGAGGGUCGGUUUCGAAGGCAUCGACGCGCCGACUGCGGCCAUGGGCUGGAUCGAGGGUAUAUAUAGGAACGUGCCGCAUCAUCUGAGACAACACGUCGAGUGGCCUAGGGAGGUAUCGAGGUAUCCGUUCAUGAGGUUCUUGGGUCAGAGGGAUCCGACGUACUUCGACGAGCAGACUGAAGACCUGGGUUUGCUGAGUCUUUGAGAGUCGAGUCUGGGUCUGUUUUUUUUGGCGUUCGGUGACUGUCUACGACUAUUACAUACCAUAUGAUACCCUCGACAGCCUUGUUUCUGGGCUCGUCUCUGCAUUCGCUAGCCAGAUUGGGGAGGUAUGGUGUGGUCCCAGCUCAUAUUGUCCAACGAUAUUUUACCAUCUCUUUUGCCUUAGGAUUAAUCUCGCCUUGACACGAUGCGUUCACAAAAUGCUUGACCAACACGUAUUGAAUGAUACAUCAAGCGCUAACCAAUACCUUCACCACAAUGUAGUG